AUGACCGGCGGUGUCAAGGUCUCCUCCAGCCCUGGAAGGGAGAAGCUGCCCCCACCGAUCGGCCUCGCGCGCCUGCUGUACGGCAAGGCCAUCGGAAGCCGUAGCCGCGGACGCUCCGCCUCCGCCGCGCGGUCCAGCCCCAUGUUCGUGUCGCAGAGUCGGAGCCGUGGCCGUUCCGCCACGGCGGCGGUGGAAGUGGCCGCCGCCGCCGCCGAGGAGGGCGAGCCUUCGUCGCCCAAGGUCACGUGCAUCGGUCAAGUCCGGAUGCGUAACAAAAACAGGACACCGUGGGGGAAACAUAGGAAGGCGCCUUCGGCCAAGAAGCAGAGGAGUCACUCCUGCCUCGUGUCCUGCCACUGCUUUCACAAGGCUUUCCUCUGUGUCGUGUUUAAGACGCCCCCUGGCGGCGGCGGUGGCCGACACCGUCUCUGGUUAUGGAGGCGGAGAUGGAGCUGCAUCCAAUCCGGCCGGAGCGAGGAGUAUAAAGAGAGGAAGAAGCUGGAUCCGGUUAAGUCGCCACAGCUACCGGAGUUUAUCACGUGCGCUACGAAGGAAGCGGAUAAAAAAUACGACGACGGCGAAGGGGGAAAUGGGGAGGCGGUGGUCGUGCGCGAGGAGCCACCGGUGCCUUUGUCAUCGGAGACGACAUCGUCUUCUCCGCCGAAGAACGCUCUCCUCCUGAUGCGCUGCCGGUCAGCGCCGCACAACCGGGCGUCCUCGCUCGCCACCGGCCGGUUCGCGUUACCUCCAGACGAGGAGCUCGUGCAGCAGUCCGCUGCCGGAGAAGAAACAACACAGGAGGCGGCGGCGGAAGCGCAAGCGGAAGAGGAACAUCAAGUAGAGGACGACGAGGCAAAAGGGUCAGAAUCUCAGCGGCUGUUAGUGCUGCCGCGGAGCAAGUCAGAGCCGGCGUGGCGGGCGGCGGCGAAGCUGGCUGUCCCGGAGGCCGCCUCCUGCUUCUGGCCCGCCCAGGUCAACGACAAUCGGCUUCACUACUCGAGCCCCACCCACGUCCCCUCCCCACCACAGUGA